GAUGUCAGCAUUGGUUGAAUGGAUGUCAUAAAUGAUGAGAGAGUGUGUGACUGUUGUUUUGCAAUCAAUUGAUGCCCAAAAUGGUCAUACAUUGAGACAACUAUGAGAUCACAACAUAUCUGUGACACUAUUGGCCAAUGAGUUGUGUCUAAUAAUUGAUGCCAUUAUUGGCCACCAAUUGAUAUAACAAUUUGUCCUCAAAUGUCGUAAUUGUUUGCUUACAGUUGUAUUGUAUUAAUGUAUUAGUGAUCAACACGUUUAACACUACAGUAGUAUUGAUAACACGUUUUCAUAGUUAUUGUUGUGAAGAGUGUUGAGUGCAGAGCAGUGCAGAAGAGCCAAACUCUUGAGCCCUUUGACUGACAUUCAAAUCACUACCAAUUGAAAGGACAUUGACUUUUGAAAACUUUUGAAAACUCUCUUGAGAUCUAUUGAUUUGAUUGUUGAACGCAAUGGAUCAGUGGUUAAUGGCUUCGGCGGCUGUGGUGGCGGUCAGUGCGACCGGUCUUCUCAGUAUUUUAUUGAUUCCAGUGAUUCAACGUAACCAUCACAGCGAUAUCAUCCAGUUAUUGGUCGGACUGGCCAUCGGAACGCUCACUGGAGACGCUCUCUUACAUCUUCUGCCACAUGCAUUUUCAUCUCACGAACACUCAAAUGAAAUAACUAUAACUAAUAGAACCAAUUCUAACAAUACUGAUGACACUCUUGAAGAUCAUCCAACUGGUCAUCACUCGGAUCAGGUCUGGUUUGGAUUAAUGGCUUUGUCGGCUAUCAUAAUCUUCUUGGCCUUUGAAAGAGUUGUCACAAUAGUGUCAGAUCUUUGUAAUAAAUCUCAUAAGAAAUCUAAAUUGGAAACUUAUAACCAUUCGGUUGGAGAAAAAGUAUCGAAACAUAACAUGACUUCCGAAUCGACUCCAGAACUGGAGAAACUCCGCAACACAUCUAAUGAAGAAAAUAUCAAAACCAAAGAGUCCAUUGAAGGCGAUUGUUUGGCAGGCACUGCAAGCUCUGCUCACAAUGACAUCCAAAUGACUGAACAGUGUCAUAGAGAGACCCGCGUAUACCCACAUCCUGAUCCCGAUAGGGGUUUUGUCAUAGAAUUGACAGACCAUCAUCACCACCAUCAAAGACAGGCAGCUCAUAGUAAAUCAGUUAUCUAUACGGUUAUUACAGGUGAUGGUCUUCACAAUUUCUGCGAUGGAAUCGCUAUUGGGGUAGCCUUUGCUGGUAGUGGUGUCAGUGGGGGUCUGAGUACAACAAUUGCAGUCUUGUGUCAUGAAUUGCCCCAUGAAGUCGGAGACUUUGCUGUAUUGCUGAGAGCAGGUCUGGCAGUGAAGAGAGCAAUAAUUUACAACAUAUUAUCGGCUUUUCUAUGUUUUAUCGGUAUGACUGUCGGAGUAUUGGUCGGUCGUAUCAACGACUCGUGGUUGAGCGCAGCAAUUGCUGGAAUGUUUCUAUACAUUGCUUUAGUCGAUAUGAUACCACAAUUGGACUGUUGUCCGACACAGUCAGGAACGACACGAGCUUUUAAAUUGACUGUUCAACUGAUCGGAAUCAGUAUUGGAGUCGCCAUUAUGUGUGUCAUCUCGUUAUAUGAAGACAGCAUUCAAAUUAACUUUUAA